AUGGAAACCAUCCUCUGGUACCCCAAGGGCGUCGGCACCUUCAUACGUGGAGGGAAACCCGCCGAGAAUUUCGUGACGCAUCACAUCGAGAUGCGAUCCUCCGCAUUCGCAGGGUACGGUGGUUUACCACGUACUUUCAAGGACAGACUUCCUGACGGUCCUCCUGGCCGCUGCCGCCGUCUGAACAUCAUAGAGCAGGUUGCACUGAGUCUGCCUAGCCUGGCGACUUUGGUGAGAAACAGACUCCACCCUCCUGUAGCAGGAUCGGUGGUAUUGCCGCCAUUCGAACUAGAGGCAGUGUCGCUUGAGAUCACGCCCGUCUUUCAGGAUGACAUUGCGCACAUCGAUGUCGAAUAUCGGAUCCAGGCCGGUAACGACACCCUCAUCUCAGCGUCAGUUUCAUUAGUCAGGGAUCGGGUGCGCGCGCGCACCGUUAGCUUCCCGGACGCGAUUCUCGGCGACGAGAUGUUCUCACACUACGACCGCCCGCGCAUUGCCAACUUGUGCGAGAAGGCCGGCCUUCUUCACGCGCUCGAGCAUUACGAGGACAUCGCGGACAUCAAGCGCGCGAUCGUACAUACUAACAUCCUCCCGGUCGACUGGCUCGUCAACUACUUCGCGCGCCUCACGCAAGAGCAGGCCAUGGCCUGCCUCAACGAGAUGAUGCGCGUCAACAUGCGCCAGAACUUCCAGGUCGUCGUGCAGAUCGCGACCAAGUACAGCGAUCUCCUUGGCCCGCUCCCGCUCAUCGAGAUGUUCGAGUCGUUCAAGAUGUUCGAGGGUCUGUACUACUACCUCGGUUCCAUCGUCAACCUCUCCGAAGACUCCGAGGUCCACUUUAAGUACAUCCAAGCCGCCGUCCGCACCGGCCAGACCCGCGAAGUCGAGCGCAUCGUCCGCGAGUCGAACCACUACAACCCGGAGAAGAUCAAGAACUUCCUCAAGGAAGCCAAGCUCCAAGACCGACUCCCGCUCAUCAUCGUCUGCAACCGGUUCGACUUCGUACACGACCUCGUGCUGUACCUGUACCAGAACGGGUUGAUGAAGUCCGCCGAGGUGUACGCGCAGCGCGUCAACAGCGUCAGGACGCCGCAGGUCGUUGGUGGAUUGUUGGAUGUCGAUUGCGACGAGACAUCCAUCAAGGUGUUGUUGGCGAGCGCCACGGGCAACUUCCCGGUCGAUGAGCUUGGGCAGGAGGUCGAGCAGAGGAACAUUAUGAAGUUGAUUCUGCCGUGGUUGGACGCGCGCGUACAGCAGAGUUCGCAGGAUCCGGCCGUAUACAACGCCCUCGCCAAGAUCUACAUCGACUCGAACAACAGCCCGGAGCAGUUCUUGAAUGAGGACAACCUCUAUGAGCCGCCGAUCAUCGGUAAAUUCUGCGAAGCGGGUGAACAGACGCUCGCGUACACCGUGCACGCCAAGGGCUUCUGCGACGACGAGCUAAUCGCCGUGACGAACGAGAACUCGAUGUCCAAGUGA